UGAAAAUCUCUGUGGUGGAUGCCCUAACCUCACUAUCUUACAAAGCCGGAAAAGGUGGAAAUUUUAUUUUAUUGAUUUUAUUCACGUCCAAUUGUCCCAUUUUCCACUGAAGAACCGCAAAGAUUUUAUUACUUGGAACAAUGUCAGAUGUUGAGAAAAACAUUACAACAGACUCAAGCGAUGACGAAGAUUACAAACCAGAGGAGAACAAUUCAGAUGCCGUGGAGGAUGAGAGUGAUUGUUCCGAUGGAUCUGAUGGUGAUGAUGCCGUGAGGAGCAAGGGGAAGAAGCAAACAUCACGGAGGAAACGACGGAAGAAAGUUGCAUUGGAAGCAGAGGAGAGCAAGAGUGACAAAGAGGAGGAAAAUGAUAAAUCUCUAACAGCUGAAGAAGAGAAAGAACGUGCUGAUGCUCUUUGGGCAAACUUCUUGAGUGACGUCGAUCCACCACCAGGGAAAGCUGAUGCAUCAUCCACUGAUGUAGCCACCACCACAACGGCAAACGAGGCUAAAUCUAAGAAUGUUCAACAGGAAUCAAAUAGCCAAGAAAGACCCAAAAAAUUGGCAAAAGUUGAAAUUUUUGAUUUUGCCGGUGAAGAAGUUAAGGUGCCCGUGGAAAAUUCCUCUCAGGCCACUAAGCGACCAGCACAGGGUGCAGUGGUAGCCCGAUCAAGUCGUACUAGUGGAGGAUUGUCAUCUGUUCUUGGAUCAAUUGGGAAGAAGCCAAAAAUUAGUACGUUGGAAAAGACAAAACUCGAUUGGGAUCGCUUUAAGGCAUCCGAGGGCAUCGGUGAGGAUCUCGAGAGAUUCAACAAAGGGAAAGACGGCUAUUUGGAGCGUCAAGAUUUCCUCGAACGUACAGACUACCGACAAUUUGAUAGAGAACGCGAAAUGAGACAAACAAAACGCAGCACAAGAUAAGUCACACGCGCCAAAUUUUAUCACAUUAUUGUAUUAAUCAAACCUUAUUCACCCUGUACUUACUUGAUCCAGGAGAAAAAAAGAAAGAAAAAACACGUAAAGAAAUUCCUAUUCUCAUUCACAAGAAAAAAAUGUAGGUAGGUAGCACAUGUACGAGAAAAGUUGGAAAAAUACUCAAUAAAACCGUCAAUGAUAAGACAAUUCCA